UGAAGCAAAACAAGAAUUCAGAAAAGGUGACCGAGCAAUGCAGGAGUGACACUGUUACGGGCUGUGUUGCCUACUACUGAAUGACACAUUGAGAAGGAAAAUGAUGUGUGUUAAAGCAGUAAAGCAAACAAAAGGCAGAUGUGCAGACAAAUAAGACAAAGGAGAAACAGAAGUUAUUCUAGAACAUUAGGAUCCAAAUAGACAGUCAGAAUCCGAAAGGCAGACAGCAACAUGCAAAAGACAGAGAUGAUCGCAGACAGGUGCCGUUCAGCCUGAAAAACAAAUUGACAGUCCGUGAUUCAAUGCAGCAGUCUUAAACACAAAGCACAACAGAUACUUAAGCAGACGGAUUGAAAGGUCUUAGAUGGAGAACAGUAUCACGAAGCGGGCAAUUCUUUAAGAAACAUCAUCUUGUUGCAGAGCCUCACAGCAUUUUCUCUGCAUCCUUCAUCUCAGGCCUACAUAACAACAAGUCAUCAAAAAGCAACUUAUUCCCUCUCUGCCUUUUAAAAACCUAUUAAUCCACAGACAUCCAAUAAAAGGCUUGCCCUUCAUUGGGUAGCCAAUAAAAAUGUGUGCUAGUGUGAGCCAUAACCAAUCCCUGUCCUGCAUUCUAAUGUUGCCCAUCUUUAUCAAGAAAGUGUCACCUCUCUUUAAGGUACUUCUUAUUUAUUGCCUCAGAGUUAAGUGCCAGGAAAGAUAUUUGUCUAAGGAACUGCUGUACCCUUCUCCUUGAGCUGCUUUAGCUAGCUCCUGAUGUUUACCUUGGAAUUAAAACACAAUGGCAAGAAACAGGUAAGAAAAAAGAGCUACUCACAUUUCUCUGUGUGCUGUCUGCUGAACGUACACCCCAGUUAAGGCACUGAACCGGUUUAAGAUUUGGAGCUAGCUGUCUUGCAAGGAAGGGAAUCGCUGGGCAUUUGGACAUUGUUAACCAAAUAAAUAAAGAGAGUGAAACCUGGAACCAGAAGGAGGAAUCUUCAGGAUCAUUUGAACUUAAUUCAUCUUUUUCAGAAGAAAGCGAACUUUGUGCAGUAACCAAGUCUUUCCCCGUUUUAUUUCGAAGAAGAAACAGAAGAACACAAACCUGGAGCUCAACGUUUUCAGAUGGAUCACAACAUAGCAGGAUCUUUCCUGUUUAACAACGGUCUGAACCAGUUUUCCUCGGACAUCAAAGCUCCAAUGUGCCAAUACUCCGUGCAAAACUCAUUCUACAAGUUCAACUCGGGCAUCAACACCCAGCUGCAGGCGGGCACCCCUCAUGGAAUCAGCGACAUUCUAAGCAGGCCGGUGGUGGGGGGCCCCAACACCACUAUCCUCUCUGGCUACUCUCACGUGGGGGGGUUCGGUACAGUUGCCACCCCAGGGGUCUACUAUAACCGGGACUACGGCCCUGCGCUGGGGGGCUAUUCCAAACCGGGAUCGGAGUGCCCGGUCAAGGGCAGGAAUGGGAACUGCUGGGGCGAUGGAGGCUACGAGUGGAGAGGCGCCAGGCAGCACUGCAGUAACAACAGUGGGCACCUGGGCGAGUCAAUGGGCAGGAAGAAGCACACACGACCAACCUUCAGUGGGCACCAGAUCUUCGCUCUGGAGAAGACCUUUGAGCAGACCAAGUACCUGGCAGGCCCUGAGCGAGCCAGACUGGCAUAUUCCCUGGGCAUGACCGAGUCGCAGGUGAAGGUGUGGUUUCAGAACCGGCGAACCAAAUGGCGUAAGAAGAGCGCCUCAGAGCCGAGCUCCACACAGCCGGUCGGGCCAGAGACGGGCACAUCCGAGAACGAGGUGGAGGAUGAGGAGUACAACAAGCCUCUGGACCCCGACUCGGACGAUGAGAAGAUCCGCCUGCUGCUGCGCAAACAUCGCAGGGCUUUCUCCGUGCUGCGGCUGGGCCCGCACCACGUCUGACACCCACGCCAUGUCUCCACUCGCGUGGGUGCGCGUGCAGCACACUGCGUUUGACUGACACGCCGAGCACACAAGCAGAGACCAUCUUCCGCUCCUCACCUGACUGACAUUAAGACAUGCUGAGCUCAGGCAAGCACACAUGCACACACGGGGACUUCAGCCUCCAGACAGAAUAUCCGAAACAAACCUCCAAAAGCACAGGGGGCGUUUGCCAAAAUAAAACACUGUGGCUUGCCAACACUUUUCCUGUAAUCUCAUUUGCGCUGUUCCGCCCCGAAGUGAGUGUGACACCGCAUGAGUCUUAAGUGACAUAACUCACCUUAGAAAGCAGUAUAGUUACUAAUGAUCAGGACCUUGAUUUUGCCGGGCAAUAUUGUCAGCACUGGGAGUUGCCAGCUGUAGGAAUUGUGGCCACGAAUAGAAAUCACUUUGAAAGUUUCACAUCUAACUCAUUGACUUUAAUAGUGUCGCAAACUUACAAUACUUGGUGAUUGUCAAUUUUCUGUAGCAAACCUCUGCGUUACUUUACUUACUUAUGCAACCUCUGCCAUUCCAUAAUAAACCAAUAGCCAUUGACUGUUAGAAGACUGACUAUAUAUUGUAUGUAGCGACUGAAUGCUAUCUUCUAAGGGUACGAUUAACCCUGAUGUGAUGCACCUUUUCACCACCAAAUCCUGACCUUAGAAGAAGAAUCAGAAGAAGAAUCUGUCUAUUCUAAGAUCUCUUUUCAGAAGAAGACUUUUUGUAAAAAAAUGUCCCCAAUAUUUAUUCUGUAGUUAAGUAGAAAAAUACUGGGGACUAUAUUCCUGGAACACCUGUUACACCAUCACUUUACCUAAUAGGAAAUUUAAAAACAGAAUUUGUGGAGUGUCAUCCUAGUUUUUGAACUCCUGAAUUAGUGGUACCUUUGGUUCUAUCUUAUUUAGUUAGAGUAUUUGAAAAUUACACGACAGAGAAGGAGAGCGAUCUUUAGAAGGCAAGCAAAAGUUUUAUGAAUGGGGUCCUAGAAAUGUAUACCAAGGUAUGGAAGCAGUUAAUAAGUCUGUUAAUUGGAGCAAAAACAAAAACUCAGCCAAUCCAUGGGGCCAGAGUUGUUGGCCAGUGUAUUUGAUAUUUGCUGAUGGUGCUCUGUGGGUAUGGCAUACCUGAGACACCAGCAAGAGACUGAAAUCUGACUGUGGUGACUCUAUUGCCAAUGUCUGGAACACGCUACAAGGAGCAAUCCAGCAGAACAUGUAACCAUUAAACCUGUGGCUGUUCCAUUUACAGUUUAGACUCCAUUACAGAGACCUAAGCACUAUAAUAUAUUGUAAAACAGAUUGUCUGAAGAACUACCGGGCUGUGAGACUGUUUGCUGGGUAAAACAGUAUCUUAUGUCUCUACCUGUGGGACACUCUUCAGUGCAUGUGUUUUUAACUGUGCAGUUUCUAAAUUCUCAAUGUACUCGAGACUAUAUAAAUAAAUUGUAUAA